AUUCCAGCGGUAGAAAUACGUGCAUAUAAUUCCAUUUGUCGACUUGAGAAUUUGGCUGAGAGCUCUAACCUUUUUCUUGAUUAUGGAAGGCUGCUUGAGGUCAUUAAAGGUGGGCGUUCACUAGGACAACCACCAAUUCUCAUUGGUUCCAGACCACCACCACUUGAUACGUUGUGGGAUCGCAUUUAUAAAGAUGGGUAUAAGGUAAUCAUUCUUGAACGGAAUGUUAUAAAUCGUGAGAAAGGUGUUGAUAACGCAGUUGGGCACUAUAUUGAUGAGGUGAUCUUCACCAAGACUCCCGCUACAAUUGCGCUUGUCUCGGGUGAUAAAGAUUUUUACUGGAAUAUUAAGGUAGCCCUGGAACGAAACUGGAAUUUAGAAAUAUGGUCCUGGAAAAGGGGCGCAUCAUUUAAUGACAAUAUUCAUUCUCCAGGAGUGUCUCACUAUGUAUUGCCACCAAAUCUUUAUACCACUUUUAUACCUCUUGAUAAUCUUUACAAGAAUUUUGCAUGGUGUUAUGAUAAAGAUAAUACUGGAGAAAUGAGAGUCCUUAGGAUUACUGACGGAGAUGCAAUCCGUAACUGGAGCAAUGAUGACGUAAUGGAGUGCUUUGUUAAUUUAAAUUUAUUCGGUUGGUGGCAUCGUGAAUACCCGGGGUCCUUGCUUUUAUAUUUUCGAAAUGAGAAUGAUAAGCGAAGUGCACAGGCAUGGUUGAAUAAGAAUCACUCUGAAAUUUGGAUUGGGGAAGUAGUAACCAGAAAAAGAAAUAGAAGAUAG